AUGUUACUGUUGGAAAAAAGAACAAGAAGAGGAGGAAGACGUGUAAGGAGAGUGCGGGAGAAAAGAAAGGGAAGAAAGGUUACUGUCAGAGUUGGAAAUUUAAAUGUUGGUAGCAUGACUGGCGAGAGGAGAGAACUUGCUGAUUUGAUGGAAAGGAGAAAGUGUCUUGGAAGUAAACAGAGUGUCGGACAUACUAAUGAGCAUGAAGCUGGAAAUAGAAGGGGUGCUGAUAAAUGUAAUCAGUGCAUACGCCCCCAUGUGGGGUGCGAGAGGCAAGUGAAAGAAGAUUUCUGGACUGAAGUAGAUGAAUUGUUGGAAAGUAUACCCAUGGAAGAAAGAGUGAUGAUUGGUGCAGAUUUCAAUGGCCAUGUUAGACAAGGGAACAGAGGGGACGAAGAUGUGAUGGGUAGACAUGGGGUGAAGGACAUAAAUGAAGAAGGGCAGAUGAUAGUGGAUUUUGCAAAACGGAUGGAUUUCGCUGUAGUAAAUACAUUUUUUGAAAAGAAAAUGGAGCACAGGGUGACAUAUAAGAGUGGAGGGAGGUCAACACAAGUGGAUUACAUCUUAUACAGAAGGUGUAACGUAAAGGAGAUUAAAGACUGUAAAGUGAUCCCAGGGGAGAGUGUUGUAAAACAACACCGAAUAGUGGUUUGUAGCAUGACACUAAUAGCUAAAGUACGUAAGCAAAUGCAGGCUCAACCUAGGAUCAAAUGGUGGAGGUUGAAAUAA